AUGUGUCCGAUAGAUGACCAGAUCAGAGACCGCAAGCACCUUCAGAAGGAGGCGGGUUCGCUGUCCUUGGUUAGUUCCUGCCCCCAGGAGACCCUCUGUGUCAACAACCACCACCCUAUGGACAGGGUCCAGUGCUGCCCACACCCCAACAGUGCAGGAUUCCUGGGUUGGAGAUGUCUUGAAAACUUCACGACCCAAAAAGAAAGUGUGAUUGAGGGUGUGGGAUUUGCCUUCUCCAGUGUUGCCGAAAAUGGACACCACCUUCAAGAGCUCCUCGGGCCUAAGAAAGCUGGCGACUUGCUCCAGUUUAGCUUUCAACGCAUCCAGCUGUUCAUCUCCAGUGCUGCAGUUCUUCUCCGCGGGUUUCGAAGGAGGGUAGACGACUGCCAAACUCGCUCUGCUUUCUGCAGAGAGUUUACGGUCACCUCACCGAAACUGUCCUUGCGCAAGGUGAUGGUCUACACCUGCUUCGUUUGGUUAUUUGCUUAUGCUGUAUUUUUCUUCACCGAGAACACGACUGUCCUGUCGAGUGCCAUCAUCCUCACUCUGGCGGGGAUGAUGAUUCAUAUUCACUUUGUGAAGGUGGACCAUGAGACCCUUCUCAUAAUCGGUUCCCUUGGUGUCCAACUGUCUUCAUUUUAUGCAUCUGGACGAGAAAGUACGAUCUUCAUUGAGAUGAACAAGCUGAAAGACAUUGUGAUCAACGAGGCUGUUUAUAUGCACGGCAUUAUAUACUAUCUGUGCAUUCUGAUAAAGGACCCAGCAGAUCCUGAGACGGUGACCAGUGUUGUCCCUCUUUUCCAGAGUUCAAAGCCUCGGCUGAAUUGUUUGGUUCAAGUGUACAGGAGCUGUCAAGAGAUUCUUGCACAACAGUAA